CAGGACUUCCUGCCGUUAUGUCAACAGUGAAGAUGGCGACGUCCUGUGUGCGCCGCUCCGUCCUCAGUCAGACCCUGAACAGAUUCAGGUCUUCAGGAGGAGUCUUGAUCCAGAUCUCAGCUGGAAACAGCAGACAGCAGAGUGGAAGUUCUUUGACAUCACAGUCUGUGGCGGGAAAACACUUGGCAUGCUGGGUAAAAGUGAGCAGACAUGAGUCCAAUGGGAGAAACAUUAAGAUCACACAGGGAGGAGGAGGAGGAGGAAGAAGAAGAAGAAGAACAGUCCUGUGGGCGACAGUCGCCUUCUCUCUGUUCAGCAGCUCUGAUGAAGACAAACGUGAUGAAGCUCAGAGGAAAGAGGACGAGUUGAUUCUGCUGCUGAAGAAGGCCAAGCUCAGUAUGUACCGCGGGCAGCUGCAGGCAGCCUCUGGUUUCCUCCAUCAGGCUGUCGGUCUAGCUCACCAGACCCACAACAACCAGGCCAUCAUCUACACCUACAGUCUGAUGGCGAACCUGGCCUACGUCCAGGGUCAACUUGACAACGCUGAGAAACUCUUCAAAGCAGCGAUGAGCUUCAUGCUGUCAGGAGGAACACCACAGGACGACAACGCUGUCAUCGAGAUGUCUCUGAAACUCGCCACCAUCUACGCCGAACAGAACAAGGCGGAGCUGGCUGAACAUGGGUUCAGGUUCUGUACUGAGUCCCUGGAGGCGAAGCUGGAGAAACAGAAGGAUGAGUCAGCAGAGCAGCAGACAGGUGAGACAGAGGAGCAGGAGGCUCUGAGGAAGGAGACCCGCCUCCUCCUCGGUCUGUGUUUGGACUCACGGGCUCGAUACCGAGCGUCAACACGCCGCCUGAACCAGGCCACACAGGACUACCAGACCGCCCUGAACAUCUGCCGCCAGGAGCAGGGAGAGACACACCCACAGACUCUGGUUCUGAUGAGCGACCUGGCCACCAUCCUGGAUCUGCAGGGUCGCCAUGACGAUGCCCUGGCACUGGUCCAGCAGGCCGUGGAUCUGAGCCGGUCCUCUGGACACCCGGACCAGCACGUCCUGCUGGGAAACAUGGCCGGCAUCCUGCUGCACACAGGCCGGCUGGAGGACUCGGUCCAGCUCUACCAGGAGGCUCUAAGUCUGGCCCGGCAGGCCGGAGACCAGGAGGCCGUGGAAAAGAUCCAGGAGGGACUGAAGGAGGUGAAGAAGAGAAGGGAGCAGGAAAGGAAGGAGGAGUGACAGACCGGAUGGACCUCAGGACGAGGACGCGAGUCCUCCAGUCUCUCUGUUCAGGUUUUGGUCCCCAGCAACAAACUGAUGAACUGAUGUCCAUGUUGUUACAUGUUGUGAUCACUGAGUCUGUGCUCCCCAGAGGACGAACCCCUCAGACUGAACAGCUGGUCAGGACUGUGAGCCGCUAAUUUAAUGUCUUUACUGUGUUUGUCCUUCACAUCAGAGAAUAAAUCAUCGUGUCUCCUGCUCAA